GUCCUUCAUUCCGUCGCGACCAGCGAGUAACGGCAUAUGAGCGCUCGCAGAGAAAUCGCUAAUCACGAACGGCGGACGACACAAACCCAAGAAGAACAGGCAGAGGGGAAAAAAAGAAAGCAAAAAAUGAAUAAGGAUUGCCAACAUCAGCAGCAGCAGUGAAAUAAUUAAACAAGUGCCAGGAUCGCGAAAAAGUGUGCUACGUUUUUUUUUUGCCAAGUUAUUUUCGAGUGAAAAGCCGUGAAAAACUCUGUGGACAUUUUGCCUUACUGGCGAACAUAAGCCGCAAAAGUAAACAUUCCCAGCAGAAAAUAAUACAACAGUGCUAGUAGCGUACUAAAAAAAAACAAGAAAAAUAUUAAAAAUAAGAAAAAAUCCCUGUGGCAGCGUUGCCACCCGGCGAAAGGACUGGAGCUUCAGCGAGUGGCUUUCGGCGAACGCGAAACCUGCAGAAUACAAUUGAAUAAGCGAAAAGCUGUAGAAAAGCAAUGCAACAACAACGACAACGAAAACAACAACAGCAAGCACAGCAGCAGCAGCAGCAGCAGCAACAACAACAAAAAGUGUAGUGGGUCGCACGCGCGACUUGUGUGUGUGAAUAAUGAAGAAGAAGCAGAAGCAACAACAACAGCAGCAGCAGCAGCAGCAGAGGCAGAGCAAGGCGCCAUCUGAAGCGGAAUCGGAGGCAGACCGCCCCGGCAGCAACAGCAGCAGCACCAACAACAACAAGCAUUCGCGUCGCAGCAGCGCCGGCAGCAACAAUAACAAAUAGCAAAAACUGAGCAGCGUUCGGCAAAGCGCAGCAACAGCAACAAAGGCAACACUAAAACUAACAGCAGCGACACCAAUUGCUACUGCAACACCAGCAGCAGAAACAACCAAGCGGCGGCAAGUCAGCAGCAGCAACAACAACAACAGCAGCAGCAAUCACAAGAACAAAAGCAAGCGCUGCAGUCGCAGUCGCAGUCGCAGCAGCAGCAGCAGCAGCUGCAGUAGCAGCAGCAGCAGCAGCAGCAGCAACGCUAGCGUCGGCAGCAGCAUGUCCAAAACAAGCAGCGGUAAUCCAGCAGCAGCAGGUGCAACAAAUGCCGCGAAUGCCGCUGAUUUCAGUGCUUUCGAUUUUAACGAUAGUUCCGAUAACUCUGACACGCCCCUCGUGCCACGCCCACCGUUCCUGAGUCGCGCCGCUGCAACGGCCGCCGCCGCAGCAGCAGCAGCAGCAGCGGCAGCAGCGCUCAGCAUCAGCAACAACAGCAACAAUUCGGCGGGAUCAGCGGGCCAGCAGCCGCACAGCACUAGCAGCAGCAGCAACAACAACAAUAACAAUGGGGCUAACACUGUUAACAGCAACAACAACAACAGCAACAACUAUGGGCACAGCAGCAGCAGCUCGCAGAGCAGCAUGGACGAAGAGGAGGACGACGAGGAGGAGGACGAAGAGGAGGAGGAGGAGCAGGAUGUGUCGCAGCAACAACAGCAGCAGCAGCAGCAACAGCAGCAACAACUGGCGGCGGAGCAGCAGCAACGUGCUGCAGCAGCGGCAGCUGUAGUUGCAGCGGCAGUUAGUGCGCUGCACAACGGCAACAAGCAGCAGCACUACAACAACAAUAAUAACAACAACAACAAUAACGGCAGCACCAAGUCACGAGAUCGCGCCGAUCAUCAUCUGCAGUCACAGCAGCAGCAACAGCAGCAGAUGCAGCAAGCGCAACAGCAGGCACAAGACGAUGACGAGGAGGACGACGAGGAGGAGGGCGAGGAGGACGAUGAUGAGGAUGACGAGGAGCAGCACCAUCAGCAGCAACAGGGCAAUGGGCAUGAUCUCACGCCCACGGACCUGCGACAUGUGUUGCCUGCGAGCAACAACAUGCAGCAGCAACAGCAUACGCAGCAGCAACAGGAGCCGUCUGUCUACGACGAUGAGGGUGAGGAGGAGGACGAGGAUGAUGACGACGACGACGAGGUGGCCAGCAGUCAUCUGGACAGUCGCGCCACCCUCUCCUCCGCCCAUCUAAGCAGUGCGGCCGCCGCCGAGAGCAGCGGCUUGCAUAUGAGCGUUGCAGCAGCGGCAGCUGCAGCAGCAGCAGCAGCGGCAGCAGCCGCAUCCGCAGCCAAGCUGAAUGCCCAGCUGGAGCAGCAGAGUAGUGGCAAUGCCUUGGACAUGGCCAGUGGGAGCGGUGCCACGCCCAUUGCGCCGCCACCGCCCAGUAGUUUGCUGGGCGGUAACAGCAACACGAGCUUCUCCACGAACAACAACAGCAACCACGCGCUCAGCUCUACGCACGGCAGCUUGGGCGCCGGCGGUCAGGGCACCAAUUGCAGCAACGAUCUGAUGGCCACCGGUGGUGGUGGCAACUCCCGCGGCGGUUCCUCUUUAAGUCUGGGCAUCAACUCCUCCAGUGCGGCGGCACUGCAGCAUCAGCAUCAGCAGCAACAGCAGCAGCAGCAACAGCAACAGCAGCAACAUGGUGGCGGCAGCGGGGGCAGCGGGGGCAGCAGUGCGGCCAGCGAGCGGAGAAAGUACCGGCAUCAGAACUACAGUAAAAACAUCUACAUAGGCACCAAGAACGCCGAGAAGUGGGAGCACAUGCGCACCCGGCUGCAGUUCAAGAACGAUGUGGAGUUCGUUGCCUACCUUUUGAACCUGGCGGAUAACGACACGGAUCGGCUGAACAACCUGCCGCCGCCCUCGCCCGCGAACACGCCCACAAAAGGCUUCGAUGGCAACUUUAAGCUGGAGCCAAAUCUCAGCGCCAAGGACUUUGCCGCCCCCGGCGAAUCCUCGAUCAAUGGCAACGGCAGCGGAAAUGGCAACGCGAGCGGAAACGGAAAUGGCGACUCCGCCUCGGUGGCCUCCAUGCCCAUGGCCACGCCCACACCGCCACAACGCAAGCGCUACAAGAAGCGAGUGCAAUUCACCUCGGAGGCGCUAAACGGAUUUGCGGGCAAGACCAAAUCGGGCUCGGGAUCUGGCGGAGCGGGUGGCGGUUUCAGCUACGCCAAGUCCAAGAAGCAGGAGGCCAAGGCGGCGACGGCGGCACUGAAGGCCAGCGCAGCAGCGGCAGCGGCGGCAGCCGCCUCCUCCGCCCUGCCCGAGGUCCUUGACUGCCGCAUCGCCGAGAAGAUCAAGAGCGAACUGGAGGCGAACAGCAAGGAGUCCCUGCCGAAUGCCCUGUGCCUCAAAAAAGCAGCAGCUGCGGCGGCGGCAGCGGCAGCGGCUGCAGCAGCAGCAGCAGCAGCUGCAGCGGCCAAUGGAAGCGAGGAGGAGGACGAGGACGAGGACCAGCCGCCGCAUCCCCACCUACUGCCAGUCCUGCCGCCCGGCGAUGCCGUGGAUGGCAUCACCGCCAGCAAUGGACAGGCGGGCAACUUCCAUGUGCGCUCCAAGUCGCAGGGCUCGAAGAAAUCGCAGGCGGCCAAAGCGGCGGCGGCGGCCAUGAUGCCACCCAAUUCCUAUGAUGAACACGAUGACGAACCGGUUGGCGGAUUGGGCGGUAACGAUGAGGACGACGAGGAUGAUGAGGAGCUGGACGAGGAGGCGCUGGCCCGCGAAAUGAAAAUGGAGCAGAAUUUCGUCGAGGAGGAGGACGAGCACGACAUUGCCUUCCGGUCGCAUCAAUCCUGCCGCGAGUGCUCCAUUGCCCACGAUCACAAGCUGUGCCCGCUGCGCAAUGCCUGCGGCAAUGUGACCGAUGCCGUGGAUCUGGGCGAGUGGAUAGAGCGCCGCAAUCUGGAGGCACUGGCCAAACUGAAGGCCGAUGCGCAGCGGCAGGCGAAACGGGCCAGCGGAAGACAGCGGCACGAGGACGACGACAUGGAGGAUAUGGAGGACAUGGACAUGGACAUGGACGAGUCGUCGCAGCUGUCGGAGCUGGAGACCAAGCCGCUGAUCACCUUCGCCGAGGCCUCCGUACCGGCGGAAUUCGAACUGCACAACGUGGAGCCCAAUGUGACCGGCGUUUUCGCUCGCACCGAGGUGCGUGCAUUCACCAAACUGGGUCCACUCAUCGGACAGCCGGUGCAGACCGGCGAGGUGCGCGAGGGCAGCGACAUGAAGUGGAUCUUCGAGAUGUGCGAGGCCGGGGCGGACAAGUCGUAUCUGCUGUGCUGCGACAAUCCCAAUGCCUCCAAUUGGCUGCGUUUCGUGCGACCGGCUCCCAGCUACGAGGAGCGCAACGUCAAUCUGGUGUCCAUCGAUCGGCAGGCGUACUUUGUCAGCUGCCGCGAUCUGCGGAAUGGUAUGGAGCUGCUCUACUGGAGCGACGACUGCAACACCAUGUGGCGCAAGAAGCACACGGAAAAGACGAAUUGCGGCGGCUGCAAUCUGAAGUUCGAGCACCCGCUGUACUAUCGCACCCACUGCUCCGUCUUCCAUGAUCCAUCGAUGAGUUUGACCAUCCGCAAGUACCAUUGCAAGGUGUGCGGAGAGCCGGUGCUGGGCAAGGAUAACAUCAUGAAGCAUGCGGCAGAGAAGCACGACGGCAAGGGGGCGUACCAGUGCCAAUUCUGCAGCAAGUUCUUCCUGCGGCUCAACUACCUGGAGAUGCAUCGCACCUAUGGAUGCGCCUCGAAUCCGAAUCGUUCGCGACCGGUGUGCGAUUUUUGCGGUCGCAAGUUCUGUCAGCCGCAGAAACUGAAGGCGCACAUUAAGCGCAUGCACAGCGAUAUGGCUGAAGUUUUACGAGAUUUUCAGUGUAAAUUAUGUUCAAAACUUCUAGGAUCGCGAGCGGCACUGCAGCGCCACUCGAAGGAGGUGCACAGCCGCAACUCGACGGUGGUGAGCUGUCCGCGGUGCCAGAAACUCUUCCAGAAUCGCAGCAAUCUCAAGAUCCACAUGCUGACCCAUUCGGGCGUCAGGCCGUUCAAAUGCGCCGAACCGGAGUGCAAUGCGGCGUUCACCACCAAGCAGUGCCUGCAGUUCCACUACAAGAAGGUUCACAACUACACCCAGGAGCAGAUGCCCAAGAUCGAGCGGAGCGUGGCCUACACCUUCGAUGCCUAUUCCGGCGGCAUGAAGGUCGAUUUUCUGGGUAAGCAGACGGCGACGGCUACGCCGGCGUCAGCGGCAUCGGCGCAGGCGCAGCCACGCCCUAAUGCGGCCGUCGUCUCCCCCUCCUCGUUCACAGAGCAAGCACCGCGCCGGCGGCGCAAGAGCCUCGAGGACCAGAGCUCCAUGCUCAGCGGUUCGCUGCAGAGCGACGCGGAGUUCAGCGAUGACAACCUGUUCGAGGCGAUCAAGAAGAGCGGCAAGUCGAUCAAGGACCUGUGUCGCAAUGAGCCCAAUCUCUCGCUGCUCAGCUCCAAGAUCUCCAGCAUAUUCGGUGACAAGGUGCCAUCGGCAACAGCCUCACUUUCCGCUUCCGUUUCCGCUGUCGCCUCCACGGGCGGUCGCAAGCGGAAGCGCAAGAAGGAGCCGGGCGUGACGGCCCAGCAGCAACUCCAUCUCCACCAGCAGCAGCAGCAGCAGCAACAGCAACAGCAGCAACAGCAGUCGCAGCACCAGCAGUCGCAGCACCAGCAGCAGCACGCCCAGCAGCUGCAACACCAACAGCUGCAGCAGCAACACGCCCAGCAGCAUCAGCAGCAGCAGCAGCAACACCAUCUACACCAGCAGCACCAGCAGCUGCAUCACGAUCCGCAGCAACAGCAUCCGCAGUACCAUCCGCACCAGCUGCACGCCCAUGCGCUGCCACACCAGCAGCAGCAGCAGCAACAGCAGCAACAACAGCAGCAGCAGCAGCUGCACGGCGAUCCCGACGACGACGACGUGGAGAAUGCACGGCUGGAGCAGGUGCGUCGCAAGCAGAACGCCCAGCUGAGCCUGGUGGAGUCCUUCCUCACCACCACCGCCCAGCGAUUGAGUGCCCAGCAGCAGGUGCAACAGGUGGUGGCGGCAGCGGCAGCGGUCUCCGCAAUGGCCGGAGCUGGCGAGGAUCCAGCCAAGCUUGGCCACAUGAUGGGCCACAUGGGCGUCGGUGUGGGCGUGGGCGUGGGCAUGGACGAGGAGGAAGACGAUGAUGAGGACGACGACGAUGGUGGCGGCGGUGGUGGCGGUGGCGGCGGCUCGGCUGUGCAACACCAUCCGCAUGUACACGCCCACCAAGCGCACCACUCGCACGUUCAUGCGCACGCCCACCCGCACCACGCCCACUCGCACUCGCACGCCCACCCGCACCAGCAUCCCGCCGGCCAGGGAGCGGGCCAGCAGGACUACCGCCAUGCGGCGGCCAUGAACGCCGCUCUCGGCCAGAAUCUGGUGGUCAGCAAGGGCAGCAAGAAGUGGAUCCAGGAGGUGCAGGACUCCAGCGAUGUCGGCGGCGAGGGAGCGGGCGGCGGUGGCGGUGGUCCUGGCGACAGCGGUGGCCCAGGUGGUGGUGCCUGCGGUCAGCUAACCGGUGGUUCUGGUCCAGGUGCGGAUCUGGGAUUCGCUGUGCCGCCGAGCGCCGUCGAUGAGCACAGCAAGCUGCUCGGCCAGAAUCGUGACUUCCUUGCCCGCCUAAUGAGCAGCGCCAGCGCCAGCCACGCCCAUGCGCACGCCCAUGCCCAUGCUCAUGCCCACCAGCCGCAUCAGCCGCACCAGCAGCACCAGCAUAGCGCCCACAGCCGCGAGGAGGACGAGAACAGCUCCUUCCUGGACGUCGUCGAGUCGAACAACAAUGCUGCAGCCGCCGCCGCCGCAGCAGCGGCCAUGUCGCACUACGGCGGCGGUACGGGCAGCGGUAGCGGUGGCGGCGGCAGCGGCGGACAAACGCCAACGGGUCCAGCGACCGGCGGCACUGUCGCCGGUGGCGAUGAGCCCCAGAUGCAGAUGAACUCCCUGGCCCACUCGCAGUCCUUCAUGAGCUCCUUCUACAACAAUGCCAAUGCCCGUGUGGGCGGAGUGGGCGGCGGUGUGGGCGUGGGCGUCGGCGGUGGCUCCUCGUCCGCCAGCAUGCUCGUGGAGGCGGCCCUCAACUCCGUUGGCAAUAUGAUUGACAGCGAGAGCAGCGACCUCAAGGUACCCACCGACAACCACAUAAACAGCGACAGUCCCAUGAGUGCCCACGUGGAUGCCGAGUCGCAGCGCUUUGGAGCGGGCAGUGCCGGCGGAGCGGGAGGAGGAGGAGGAGGCGGUGGUGGUGGUGGUGGCGGCGGCGGCGGAAGUAGCGGUGGAUCUUCGGGCGGUGCGAAUGGCAGUGGUGGCAUCGGUGGCGCCAUGGACAACCUGGAGAACGAGCUUAAGAUGAUGAAGAAUCUGGGCAGUUUUCCGAUGCAGAUUCCGCCGCUGCCAAUGUUCCAGGGUGCAUGCAACAUAUCGCCCAGCGCCUCGACGCCAACGAAUCCGCAGAGUAACCAGAAUCAGAACGAUGUGGACGUGGAUGCGGGCAGUACGCCGCGACCGCAGCAUCCGGACUCAGAUGGCUUCUCCUCGUCGCACCACCGCACACCGCCAUCGCCACCGCCCAUAUCUCCGGGUCGAGAUUACGGCGGUAUGUUCGGUGCCGGCAAUGGUGGUGGUGGUCCCGGCUCGAACAGCACUCCGGCUGGCAGCUCCAGUGGUGGUGGCGGCGGAGGAGGCGGUGGUGCCGGCGGAGGCGGUGCAAACAGCAUGUCCGCCUCAUCGCCACUGCCCGCCCUGCAGCCGCAGAGGAGGAACGCCUCCAGUGUGGGCAGCACCUAUCCGGAGCACGAGCUCAUCUCGCCGGCCUCCUCGCCGAGCAUACCGCGCUACAACUUCAACGGCGACAUGAUGCGCCACAAGCGGGCGGUCCAGGAGCAGGAGCACCAGGAGCGCCAGCGGCAGAACAUCUCGCGGCACAACCAGAUGUCCAGCGACGAGGAGAACAGCAUAAUGCCACAAAACAGCAGCGCUGGCCAGGACAUGCGCAUGAAGUUCCCGCAAUCGCAGAUCGACCUGAUGUACUCCAAGUACGAGAGCAUGGCCAGCAACCUAAAGUACAACAGCCAGGACCUGGACUCGCCGGCGGAGUAUCGCCAAAGUGGCGCCGGCAACGGUGGCAAUGCGGCAGCCAGCGCAGCAGCUGCUGCGGCAGCGGCGGCCAGUGCCGCCAACGAUCUAUCCGAUCUCCAGGGACUGGACAUGAGCUCCAGAUCGAAUGCGGCCAGCAGCAAUUACCAUCACAACUUCCAGUUGCCGAGCAGUCGCUAUCACCAUCACAUCUACGACAUACUCUCCGAUCGCGAACAGCAGAGCCAGCAGGCACAGCAGGCCGGCGGUGCGGUGGUGGGCGGCGGUGGUGGCGGUGGUGCUGGUGGUGCCGCCUCGGUGGUGCAUCAGCAGGAGCACGGCCAUGGCCAGCAUCAUGCGAUGCAGCAGCACCAGCAGUCGGCGGCCGCCAUGCACAACAUGCUCAGCGAGCAGCUGGGCGAGCAGGAGCACGACCAGACCACAUCGGUGGAUCUAAGUCGAACGGCCAACUAUGUGGUGUCGUCGCCACCACAAUUGCCCUACAAUCAUCCCACGCAUCACGAUAUGCUGCGCAUGGCCUCGCUGGAUCUGACACCGAAUACGGCCAACAUGGCGGUGGGCAACAAUCGCUCCUUCCUCUCCUCGCAGAUGCAGCACCAGAGUCGCGAGAGUUUGGAGCACCAUCGUCUGCUGUCGACGGUGGAGCAGCAUCGCAUACUGGCCGCCUCGAAUGCGGCCGAUCAGCACCGCCUCCUGGUGGAUCCCACGGCCCAUCUGCUGAUGGAGCAAAACAAUCGGCUGCUGGGCACCGCGGAUCAGUCACGCCUCCUGGGCGAAUCGGCGGCGGCAGCGGCACAAAAUCGUCACAUGGCCAGAAGCUUUGGUGCCUACCACCAGGUGGCGUCCAGUAAUUACCAUCCGGGCGUUAGGCCACCGCCCGUCCUGCCAUCCGCCAACCACCACGCCUCCAAUCCGUCGAACUACCACCCCUUCCCUGCCUACUACUAAUCGGGAAUCGGAACUCGGGAUUUGGGAUUCGGGAUUGGGGACUAGGGAACAUGGACGUUCGGAUAAAAGUGCACUUUGUGGGCUCCAAGUGGAGGACAUCCUGAACCGCGCCAGCGAAAUGCAGUAGUUUAAUUUAUAGUUUUUUUUUUUUUUUUUUUUUUUGAAAGUCGCUUUAAUUUUGUGCAGAUUCCAAAGAACUUAUACUUGAUAAUGUGUAAAAUAUAAAAUAUAUAAAAUUGGUUUGCUGCAUAAAAUUUAAUAUAAGUUUUCAUUAAAGAGUUUGCAAAAUCAAAUGGAAAACUGAGAAAAUGUCACAAUUCACCAUAUUAUUUUUAAUGAUUUAAAAACAAAAAAACUUGAUAUUCUUUGGAAAAUGUACGCUUACUUUUAUUUUACAAUUCCUGUCUAGUCAAAAAGUUUUAAGCGAUUUACUGAAUGCUCUGAAGCGAAAUUAAAAAAUUUCGAAUGUUCAUUUCGAAAUGUGUGCCAAUAUGUCUAAGUGUAUUUUAUGUUUAGCUGGCAAAUCGAUUUUGUAUUUGUACACAAUAAUAAGAAGAAAUAUGUAUAGUUGUAUAGGAAGCAUAAUUAUAAUAAAUAUAUAAAUAUAACCCAGAAAUGAACAGAAUGCGACAGAAUACAUAUAGAUAACGAUAAAAACAUAAGCCUGAUGAGAACAUUUUUUUAAACGCAAAAAUUUGCCGCUGAGUUUGGAUAGAAAAAAGGUAAUAAUAAUAUAAGAAACGAUGUUGAUAAUAAUAUUUUUACACCAAGUGAAAGUAAAUGCAUAUAAACGAGUACAAAGUGUUACACGAGGACGGAAACUUCAAGCUCCCAAUAUUCGGCUUUCCAAUUCCAAUUCCAAUUUCCCCAUCAUCUUCAGCUUUUCCCAUCCUAAAACUGCAAACUCAGCGAUCCAAAGAAUAUAAAAAAAAAAUAAAAAAAAUGAAAACGGCACAAGAAGAUGCACACUAUAUGUGUAUGUAAAGCAGAAUAUAUAUAUAGAUACAAUACGCGACCGAUCAGGAACUUAGCUCAAGCAUCUUUAACACAUAACGGAAUGAGUUCGAGAAUUCGAAGUCUUUUUUUUGUACUUUUUAAUUAUAAAUAAUACGUAUCCAGUAUAGGGUAUAGGGGCUAUAUAUCGAUAUAAACUACCCAUAACUGUACUAAAUGGUAUUUGUACAACUAAGUUAUGAUUUAAUGUACAUUAUUAAAUUUAUAUAAGAGCGUAGAAGGCGAUAAAGGAGAGGAAAUACAGCAUAAUGAAACGAGAUAUACAACACAUACAACAAAAUAAAAAUUGAAAAUGAAAAUAAGAAACCAAAAAACAAAAACCACGAUGAUAAUAAAUAUAAACAAACACAAACACACACAAAGAGAGAAGGGGAGAGAGAUCGCUGAUCUGAUCCACAUGAUAUAUAUGUAUAUGUAUAUGUAUACACCUAUAUAUGCAUAUGGCGUAAUCAAAUUAUCGAUUAUUAAUAAACCGUAAAUCGAACAAUUAUUUGAAAGGAAACCACAAA